UUUGUGAUAAACAAGACACACUUUUUAACUUUCCGUAGGCCUAUUUGCAUGACAGUGUGAAUGCAACCAAUUCAAUUUCAGUGCAGUUUAGUUCCGUGUGUCACCAGGCAAACAAGAACUAAACAGCUUACAAACACCUUGUAAGUGUAAGAUCCGGCAAAUUAUUUGUAACUAUCAUGUCGCUGCAGGCUGUAGAUGUGGUUGCGGCUGUGGCUUUUUGUUGUAAUACUAUAGGAGUGACAAGGAUAUAAUUGUUGUGGAAUAUCUCCGCCGUCACUAGUUUACAUACGACACGCUGACCUGACUGUCAACUGCGCAAUCACACAUGAUGGGUGUCGCUCUUCUGUUUAGCAUUACCUUUACCGUUACCUGUAUUUUCGCCUUCUGCUUUAGCUUUAAUCUUACGAUUAUGCACACGAAUGACGUCCACGAUCGCUUUGAGGAGACAAGCAAAUACAGUGGGAAAUGUCGACCAAAGGACAAACUAGCCGAGAAGUGUUUCGGUGGAACAGCUCGUAUGAAGACCGAAAUUAAAAAAAUCCGGAGCAUGUACCCGAACUCGAUUCUUCUCGAUGCGGGAGACCAGUAUUCGGGAACUUUGUGGUUUUAUAAAUACGGUGGAAACGUCACAGCGACAUUCAUGAAUUACUUGGGCUAUGAUGUUAUGGCUAUUGGAAAUCACGAGUUCGACAGACGUGUUGAAGGACUUGUGCCGUUCCUGGAAGGCGCCAACUUCAGCGUGGUUAGCAGCAAUAUAGACGCGACCAAGGAACCCAGGUUGCGAGGUCUAUUCAGCGCAAGACAUAUUGUUAGUGUAGGAGGGGAACUAAUAGGCAUCAUCGGCUACACCACUACGGAAACCCAAUACAUAUCACAACCAGGACCAACAUUAACAUUCAAACCCGAGAUUGAUUCGAUCCGGGCAGAGGUGGCCGCGUUAGAAGCAGAAGGGGUCAACAAAAUAAUCGCCCUCGGCCACGCCGGCUUUUCCGUCGACAAGGAGAUCGCCAGGAAUGUACGAGGCAUAGACAUCGUCGUGGGCGGCCACAGCAACACGUUUCUUUAUAACGGAGAUGCGCCGUCGAAUGAAAAACCCGUAGGAAAGUACCCACACGUGGUGACGCAGGCGGAUGGGAGUCGGGUGCUGUGCGUACAGGACUACGCGUACUCGAAAUACCUGGGUUUCCUUCAGGUCCACUUCGACGACAACGGCGUCGUCACCAGCUGGAGCGGGAACCCCAUACUGCUGGACAAGACCGUGAAACAAGAUGCUGAUACCCUGGCCAAACUGGAACCCUAUCGCCAGGGAGUGGUGAACGAGACGGAUCAGAUCAUCGGCAGGACUCAGGUGUUUUUAGAAGGACGGAGAACAGUGUGCCGAAUCACGGAGUGCAAUAUUGGUAAUCUGGUGACCGACGGGAUGCUUCACCAGAAUCUAAAACACCCUGACUCGACCGAGUGGAACCACGUGUCAAUAGCUGUGAUGAAUGCAGGAGGAAUAAGAUCGUCUGUACAGCAAGGUGAUAUAUCAGUCGGCGAUGUCCUGUCAGUGCUCCCAUUCCGGAACACAGUCGACAUUAUCGAGUUAAAGGGAAUCCACGUUCUAGGGAUGUUUGAAAACUCGGUGGCUCGUUAUUCGAAGGACGCUGAUAGAUUGUUUGGCGGUUUCUUACAAGUGUCUGGUAUACGAGUUACAUAUGAUAUCGCCAAACCUGUGGGAAAACGUGUUGUGAAAGUAAAGGUCCGUUGUAGCAACUGCUCUAUACCGAAGUAUGAAGAUCUGGAUCCAGAUACAGUGUACAAGAUCAUAAUGCCAUCAUUCAUAGCAGACGGCAACGACUUUUAUAGUGUCAUCCGUGAAAACAAGAUCAAACACCACCUUCUUGGUGAUGUGGACAGCGAUGUACUGGUAGAAUAUAUCAAACAGAGGACACCGAUUAUUAGCGGUCUUGAGGACAGAAUCACCAUUUUAGACGGAACCCAGGUCUGUGUCAAAUGGUCUACAGUCGCGGGUUCUGCAGGGAUGCCUCCUUUCUCCUUCGCUUUAUAUCUGUUUAGUAUCUUUGUGUUCCUGAUCAGAGAAUCAUAACAUAAUGCCGAUGACUAUUGUCGAUUUGUUCAUUUUAUCAUUUUUAUUUUUAAAAAUGUCAUUGACAUAUCAUAAAGUUAAAGUUUGUUUUGUUUAACAACACCACUAGAGCACAAUGAUUUAUUAAUCAUCGGCUGUUGGAUGUUAAACAAUUCUGGUUCCACAUUUUGGCGGGCAAAAUCAGACACCAGUAAAACGACGUUAGUGUGUCACCCGGGCGGAACGACGGGUAUGUUUUGUGGUGUGUGUGUGGAUUGGAGGGGGGGGGGGGGGGGGGGGAGUGAGGGUGAUAGAUAUAUCCUAUAAAUAAUGUGCAUUUUCCUUAAUAAAUUAUCGUAUGAAACACCUAUGUUUAUGGCUAUUAACAAUGGAAUUCUCUUCAUUUUAAUCAAUGUUAAUUUUGUUUUUUACGCCGCUUUGUUCUAGUUGUGCUCUGGUGGUAUUGUCAUUGCCUGGCAACGUGGAGGUACAUGCAUAUAAUUAUGUAAUGCGUUUGCUUUGACGUAACGCAAGGCUCAUUGAUGCUAAAUUUACCUGUAGUGAUGCGAACUCUGGGUUUUGUUCAGGGAAAUACAUUCAAGUUGAGAGGAUGUAUUAAAACAGAUUUUAUUAUUUA